CUGGGCAUUGGCUUUGCUCAUUGCAUCCAUUGCCCACUGGACCAAGUUUUUGGCACCCGAGUUUGUGAAGAAAAGAUGUGGAAGGUACACUAAUUGGUUCCGGAAAAACCUCACCAUGUCUGCCGUCAGUAAAACCCGAGCAGAGCCCAUGAAGAUUAAGGGCGUGGCGAUAGCCCUUAUCCCCACGAGAUUGGAAACAGCGGUGACGGUGGGCUAUUUGGUGGUGGUGAUAAUAUGUGCUGGUUGCGAAAUCAAGUAUUAUCCCCGUGAAAUGGUCUUCGCCAGUAAGACUCAAGCGUUGGCGAGAUACAUAGCGGUUCGGACAGGGAUCUUGGCAUCAUUUUCGGCACCGUUGUUGAUUUUGUUUGCUGGAAGAAACAAUUUUUUGCAGUGGGCUACCGGAUGGAAUUUUGCAACCUUUAUUGCCUACCACCGGUGGGUGGGUAGAGUGGUAUUCACACUCGUGUUGGUGCAUGCGGUGGGAUAUACCAUCACCUUCAAGGGUCGCUACGCUGAAGAAAUGGCCGAAAACUACGUGAUAUGGGGAACCAUUGCCACUGUUGCAGGAGGUCUCAUUAUGGUUCAAGGUCUUUUGGUGUUGAGAAGAAGGAGUUACGAGAUCUUUCUCUUUUUGCACAUAGUAUUGGCGGCUUUAUUCAUAGGAGGUGCCUGGCUUCAUGUCGACACGUUAGGUUACAUCAACUGGUACUAUGCUACAACAGCUAUCUGGUGUGUGGACCGGGUGGUGAGAGUCAUCAGGUUAGUACUUUUUGGGUUCCCCGUUUCCACCGUCCAAUUGGUGGCCGGCGAAACCCUCAAAGUAAUCACACCCAAACCAUCGUACUGGAAGUCUGUUCCCGGAGGCCACGCAUUUAUUCACUUCAUCAGACCUUCGUGCUUCUGGCAAUCACAUCCAUUCACAUUUACUGAGGCUGUCGAAACAAACGACAAGAUAGUCCUCUAUUGUAAAAUCAAAGGAGGAGUCACACAUGGUCUUUACAAGCACAUAGCGUCUCAGCCGGGCCAGACAGUUAAAAUGAGGGUAGGAAUUGAAGGUCCAUACGGAGAACCGACGGCUGCAAAAUACUGCGACACUGCGGUGUUCGUGGCAGGGGGUAAUGGAAUCCCCGGUAUUUACAGUGAGGCCUACGACUUGGCACGUAGGGACUCUAAACAGAAGGUCAAGCUAGUGUGGAUCGUUAGAGAAUACAAGUCAUUGGACUGGUUUUAUGAGGAAUUACAGUUUUUGAAAGGUAAGAACAUCGAGACUAUUGUUUAUGUGACAAGACCUAUAAACCAAGCUGCAGACUCGGACCAGGAAAAGAAAAAGACGGAAGACUCUGAUGAAUCGAGCUUUAAAGCUGCUGAAGAUUUGUGUCACGUGGAGUUCAGGCACGGGAGACCAGAUGUGGAAGACUUUGUCAAGCAUGAGAUUGAUGAGAGUAACGGUUCCAUUGGGUUUGUGACUUGUGGACACCCUGAAAUGGUGGACCACUUACGGUAUGUUGUGAGUCACAACCUCUCGGAGGAGAAGCGGAUCGAGUUUUACGAGCAGUUACAAGUGUGGUCAUAGUGUUUAGAUUAUGUAUCGUCUGUAUGAUGCUUUUUAUUGUAUUGUCAAUUUAGAAUUACCAUGUGCAAUUUUCCAAUCAG